UCCCGCAGUCGGGGGUCCCGCAGUCGGGGGUCCCGCCGCGCAGGCCGGGCUCGCUGGCGGCCGCAGGGCAUCCGCGCCGAGCGCGACAACGCGCCUGCGGGCUCCUUCCAAAGUUUGCGGGCGGGAGGAGGAGCAGAGCCGCGGCAGGACUGCAGCAGCCGGGCGGGAAAUGCCCCUGAGGAGUCUCCUGCCAACGGCGGGGCUGCGGCAGCGCCGCUGAAGCCCGCGCUGGCCGCCCGGCUGCCGGGCGCCUCUUCCUCCGGGGAAGGAGGUCACCGAGCCGGCCGCGCUGCGGCUGAGCCGCCCCCGCGCCCCUGCGGGGCUCGCUGCUUCUCGGGGUCCGGAUCUGUCUCUGGGGUUUUGCCUUUUCCUGCCAGCGGGGCUGCGGAGUCCUGCGCGCCCCGCUCCCGGCUCCGCGCUGCCGCCCGGGCUGGUCGGUGCCCGCUGCCCGAGCCCGCAGCCCCCGCUGCCCGCAGCCCCGCACGGCUGCAUGCCCGCCGCGGUCUCGGCACGGCUGGAUUCGCUGGAGUCCUGGGCCUUCCAUGCGCUGCUGGUGCUGCCCUAUAUGUUUUACGUGGGCUUGUUCUUUGUCAACGUGCUGAUCCUCUACUAUGCCUUCCUGAUGGAGUACAUCGUUCUCAAUGUAGGCAUCGUCUUCCUGCCCGAGGACAUGGACCAGGCUCUGGUGGAUCUGGGGGUGCUCUCCGACCCUGGCUCCGUGCUCUACGAGACGGACAGCGAGCUGGAUGUCUUUGAUGGGUACUUGGAGUGACGCCCUGGGGCGCUCCGAAGCGACUGCGGGGUGACACCGCCCGGGCCCGGGUGUCCCGGCAUGGCCGUAGCUCGGGAACCGUCUGGGCUCCUUCUACGCACCGUCUGCCCUUCCAAAUGCCCCCCCGGUGCAGGGACGCAGGGGGGUGCCCGGGACCCGCUGCCGCCGGGCAGGGCCGCGGACACGCAGAGGGCUCUCCAGGGAAAUUCAUUAAACACCUGAAAUGGAUUAUGACCAGGUUAAUGGAUCGAGUCAUGGAAAGAAAGUAUUCCCUGAAAUGUAGAGAUGAAAGAAGGACAAGGGGACAACAAGAAGAGUUGUCAUCAGACCUUGUCAGGUGUGACUUUUCUUCAUGUUCAUUGCCUCUUGAGUGUGCACUAACUGCAGUGAUUCAUGCACCAUGCUGGGCUUCCAUAGGUAAUUCUGGGAUGGACUGUAUGAACAAGUAAUAUAAGCUAUGUUAUAUUAUAACAGAAAAUCAAGAUGUUCCUCAGAUUUUCUAAACUUUCGAAUAAAUACCAUGUCACCCAAAUGGACACUCACUACAUACUGCUUAAGUAAGUUUUACAAUUGCACAUUGAAAACUUUACCAGCCAGUAGUUCAAAGGCAGUGCUUUCUCAGGGGAAAAUAUGCAAGGAGGCUCUGUUCAGGGAGGUGUUACGGUAAGAACUGUGCUACUAAGAUAUUUUAUUUAAAUCAUGAUUUUGAAAUAGAUCAGAGUGUGAAUUUUAUAUGUCAGAUGGAUUAAUUAUCUAAACAGGAUACUUUGCAGAUUGCCUAAGCUCAUGUUCCUAUGUACAGAUGUGAAAGCAAUACAAUAAAGACUGACCUUUUCCAUGAAAAA